CAGUCGCAAAAGCAACAAAUAUGAGGUUCUUGGCGGUAGUUCUCCUGGCGGCCAUUGCUUGCGCUUCUUCAGUCGAGAAGCGAGAAGCGGACGCCGACCCUAGCCUCCCCAUCUACGGACAUGGUUAUGGCUACCCUGCCUAUUACCGAGGCUACGGCUACCCAUACAGUUAUGGCCUCCGCCACAAGAGGUCCGCUAACCCUGAACCCGAAGCCGAUGCAGAUCCUUCUUACUUGUACAAUUACUACCGCCCCUAUUCUGUGGAUUAUAACUAUGUUCGCCCUUACAGCUACGGCUAUCCCUACGGCCACUCCCACGCCCUCCACAGGAGAUCGGCCGAACCAGAAGCUGAAGCCUCCUUUGUUCACCCAUACACUUACUCCUACACUCACACCGCUCCUGUCGUCACCUAUGGUUAUCCCUACAGCUACGGCUAUGGCUACCCCAGGGGCUAUGGAUAUUAACACUGAAAACAGUUAUCAGUAUAGAUCUAGACUUCGUUUUCGCAUCACUUGUUGCCACGAUGCAAUAAAUUUUGUGGACUCCACGAACAUUUCUCCCCAAUAAAGAAUCUAUGAAC